AUGGGCAAGAAGAGGGAAAGAGAGGAGAAGCCUGCGGACGAUGUUGCCGACAGGAUGGACGAGGACAGCUCCGACGAUGAGGACUUUGACAUCGUCAACGUCGACUUUGAGUGGUUCAACUUCGACUCCGAGAUUGACUUCCAGGGCACCAAGACGCUCCUGCGCCAACUGCUCGAUGUCGACUCCACGCGCUUCAACAUCUCCGGCCUCGCGGACCUCAUCCUGUCUCAGCCCACCAUCGGCUCGACAGUCAAGGUCGACGGCAAGGAGAACGACGCCUACGCCCUCAUGACGGCGCUCAACAUCCAGGAGCACCGCCAGAAGCCCGAGAUGGCUGAGCUGGCGAGGUACAUCAUCGAGAAGGCGCAGACCAACGACGCGCUCGCUCCCAUCCCCACCCUCCUCAACAGCGGCGCCCAGGUCGGCCUGGUCCUCGGCGAGAGACUCAUCAACAUGCCUUCCGAGAUCGCCCCGCCCAUGUACCGCAUGCUGAUCGACGAGAUCGAGGCCGCCGUCGAGGACAAGGAGCCGUACGAGUUCACGCACUACCUGAUCCUUUCCAAGACGUACCAGGAGAUCGAGUCCACGCUCACCGAGACGGAGAGGAAGGGCAAGAAGGCCAAGGCGGACGCUACCAUGUGGCACUUCCAUCCCGAGGACGAGGUCUUUGUCAAGCACGCGACGGCACACGGCUCCUUCUCUUACACGAAUGUCGACCAGGCGACGGCGGACAGUAAGCGUGCUUUCCAGGAGAUGGGUAUCAAGUCGCAUGGCUACUUGAUUCUGAUCGAGGCGAGCAAGUGGGACGGCGCGGUCAAGGCGGUGGAGCAAUACCUGAGCCCGCCCCAAUAG